UACAGAAAUGUUAUCCUCUCAUGUUCUCAUGUACCCCCACCUGUUUUGAAAAGCUAUAAAAUGAGCACUGAACCCAACCUGUUAUUUCAUUCACCACCUGGUCGAAGAUGGAUCUGCAGAUCUCAGUUUUUCUUCUGUCUUUGCUUUUCACUGCAGGACAAACUCUCAGCUGUUAUAAGUGCACGCUUACAUGUGCAGACCCAAAUGUGGAAACAUGUCCAAGUGGAUCUAACAGGUGCUCGAUUCUAACAACCGUGUCUGGAAGUGGUUUCUUACAGGUGACAACCAAAACUAAAGAAUGUGUACCUGAAGCUUAUUGUAAACCUGGGACCCAUCAGGGAUUUAUUGGGACGGCAUCUAUCCAGUGCUGUGACACUGACCUUUGCAAUGCAGCAGAUGGUGUGUAUAAGAGAAGCUUCCUCCUGCUGUGGUCUCUUCUGUUUUUCUACAUCCUGUUCCAGUGAAUCCGGCUCCACUGCAGAUUCUACCGUUGCAGCAAAAACUCAAUGUCACACACAUUUCUAUUCAUACUUUAAUGAACUAAAUGGUGUGCAAUGUUGUUCUGGUGUUGGUGUUUUUUUAGUAUCAUGAUUUGAGGAACAUAAACUUUGUAUUGUAAUAAACAAUUAAACAAACUCUGCAUUAAACAAUGUAAUCGACAAAUAAUGAUAUAAAAUAAACACUUUAUAUAAUAAGUCUGCAAGAGUUUGCUGUCAUUUUGUGCAAUAAUAGUAACUGCAAUCAAGACUAUGCAUUUCCUGUAUGUAUUUUCUCUGUCUCUUCAUAAUAAAAAGUUAAUAAAGAAAAACCA